GCACGACCACCACCACACCACUUUAUAGACUUGUCAACAUCAAAAAAAUACGGCAAUAUGUCGUCUGGACCUGGACCUGUCACUCCCGUUAACCCCAAACCGUUCAUUCAGGACCUCACUGGCAAGCAGGUUCUCGUUCGCCUGAAAUGGGGUUUCGAAUACAAGGGGUAUCUCGUCAGCACUGAUGGGUUCAUGAACCUUCAGCUGGCGAACACAGAGGAGUUCCAGGACGGCAAGUCGAAUGGCGCGCUUGGGGAGGUAUUCAUCCGGUGUAACAAUGUUCUCUACAUAAGGGAAGCACCUGCCGAAGAGGUCGCUAUGGAAUAGACCGUCGCUCUCCAUUGCUUGUCGGAGCGGUCGACACAUCUGUACCUUGGUCUCUGUCAUCUCGUGUUUUGUGCAUCUGGUUGCCUGCUAUGUGCACUGUAUAAUGAUCAUGAUCACAUGAUUUUCGCUG